AUGGCCAAGCCCGCGUUUUCUUGGCCAUGGAAGAACCAACGCUGGAAAAAGAAUCCAAUACUUGAUUCAACUUUGUACAAGAAUUCCCCCGGUUCUAAUCCGGACAUUAUUUAUAAAAACCAAACGAUAACUAAGUAUUGCCAAACUGGUCAACUCGAAAAAGCUCGAAACACGUUCGACACAAUGCUCCAGCGAACAGUCGUUUCUUGGAAUGCCAUGAUCACUGGAUAUUCUAAAUGGAAUAGAUAUUCCGAAGCAAUGAACUUGAUUUCAUUGAUGCAUCACUCUAAUGUUAAGCUGAAUGAAACCACAAUUUCAACGUCGUUAAGUGUUUGUGCACGCUCGUGGUCAUUGGCAAAUGGGAAACAGAUUCAUGGGCUGGUUUUGCAAUCUGGGCAUGAAGAAUUUGAGCAGGUGGGAAGUGCUUUGUUGUACUUGUAUGCUAGUUGUUAUGAAAUCAAGGAAGCAAAGCGGGUUUUUGAUGAGUUGUGUGAGAAGAAUGAGUUGGUGUGGAGUUUGAUGCUCGUUGGUUUUGUUCAGUGCAGUUUUCUGAGUCAAGCUUUGCAGGUUUUUGAAGAAAUGCCGAGGCGUGGUGUGGUUGAAUGGACUACAUUGAUAUCAGGGUAUGUAAAGAGCGAAGACGGGUGUCAGAAGGCUUUGGAGUUGUUUAAGAUGAUGAGAAGGAGUGUUGAGGUGGUUCCCAAUGAGUUUACAUUGGAUUCCGUAGUGAGGGCUUGUGGUAGAUUGAUGGACUUGUGGGAAGGAAAAGUGGUUCAUGGACUCUUGAUAAAAUUGGGAUUUGAGUUUGAAUGUUCGAUAACUGGUGCAUUGAUUGGCUUUUAUAUUGGUUGUGAGGUUGUUGAUGAUGCCAAGCGGGUUUAUGAUGGAGAAUUGAAUCCUUGUUUGAGCAACUCCAAUCUAUUGGUUGGGGGGCUUAUUAAGAUAGGUAGGAUGGAAGAAGCUGAAUUAAUUUUUAGCAGAAUGGUUGAAAGGAACCCUGAAACAUAUAAUCUGAUGAUCAAAGCAUAUGCAAUGUGUGGUAGAGUUGAGGAUUCAAAAAAGUUGUUUAUGGAGAUGCCAGUGAGGAUGUUAGCGACUACAAAUACUAUGAUCUCAGUGUAUGCCAGGAAUGGCGAGAUUGACAAAGCUUUGGAGCUUUUCGAAGAGACAAAAGGAGAAAGGAACCCUAUCAGUUGGAAUUCAAUGAUGUCAGGGUACAUUCAAAAUGAUCAACAUGAUAACGCAUUAAAACUAUAUUUGACUAUGCGCAGACAAUCAAUAAGCCAAACUAGGACAACAUUUUCUGCUCUAUUUCACGCCUGUGCGUCCCUAGGAUCUCUUCAACAAGGACAACUACUUCAUGCACAUCUAGCAAAAACUCCAUUUGAAUCCAACGUGUACGUAGGCACGGCUCUUAUAGACAUGUAUUCAAAAUGUGGGAGCAUUGAAGAUGCUCGAGCAUCAUUUAGCGACAUUUCUUUUCCCAAUGUGGCAGCAUGGACUGCACUGAUUAAUGGGCAUGCACAUCACGGACUAGGCUCUGCUGCAGUCUUACUCUUUAAUCUUAUGUUAGAACGAGGGAUACAUCCCAAUGCUGCAACCUUUGUCGCAGUCUUAUCUGCUUGUACCAGAGCAGGUUUAGUAGUCGAGGGAAUGAGAUUCUUCCGGUUGAUGAAAGAGCAAUAUGGUAUAAUCCCAACCUUAGAGCAUUUUACUUGUUUAGUGGAUCUCCUAGGUCGCUCAGGCAAUCUGGUGGAAGCUGAGAAGGUCAUCGAAGAGAUGCCAGUUGAACCAGAUAAAAUUCUCCUUAUUGCAUUUCUCAAUGCUUGUUGGUUCUGGAUGGACAUGAAAGUAGGCGAGCGAGUGGCUGAGAAGAUAUUCAGUUUGGAUCCUAAUCCAACAUCUGCAUGUGUUAUCAUGUCGAACAUGUAUUCAGGGUCCGGGAAAUGGAGGGAGAAGAUGAAGGUACGGGAUGAAUUGAGAGAUUUAGAAGUUAAGAAGGUUCCUGGAUGUAGUUGGAUUCAGCUAAAUAACCGAGUGCACGUGUUUUCUGCAGAUGAUAGAACCCAUCCAUGUUGUAAUACAAUAUAUGCGACUAUGGAGCGCCUAAUGACUAAUGUAAAUUAUAGUUUUCAAUUUGAUUUUACUUCUUCACAACUAACGGAAUGCAGCACAUAA